AUGCCUGAUUACAUUAUCACAGGUAUACUUGCGACACUCAACUACAUUGACUUGAAAAGGGAUACAAACAUUCGCUCCCCAUCUCUUCGACCGUACCCUAAUUUAAGACAGAGUAGGAACCUGACGUUCGUUUAUAGGACUCGAGCUGAUGGAUGCGGGAGACUUUGGAUGGUGGACACUGGUCUAUUUGAAAUACCUGGGGCUCCUCGCCAGGUUCAAGCGCCGGCCAUUGUGAUCUAUGAUCUUGCGACAAACCAACAAAUCAUGAGGUAUCCACUCAAGAGCUCCGACCUCAUAAAUGCCAACACCCCUGCAGGUCUGGCCUCAAUAACGGUAGACAUCGUCGGCGACUGUAGGAAUGCAUACGCUUACGUCAUAGACCUCGCAACCUUCGGCCUCAUUGUGUAUUCCUUGCGAGAGAACGACAGCUGGCGUCUCUCUCACAACUACUUCCAUCCUUCUCCUACCGCCGGGAAUAUGAGGAUAUCUGGCCAAUAUUUUCAAUGGGGCGAUGGAAUAUUCAGUAUAACCCUGACCGAGCCGGGAUGUCACGGCUGCAGGAUUGCUUACUUCCAUCCUCUGGUCAGCAUUGAAGAGUUCUCCGUAUCCACUUGCGUGCUGCGAAAUAGAACCGCCAGCCAGGAUAGCACAUUCUUUUCUAUGUUCUCGAAAGUGGGUGACCGUGGGGAGAACAGCCAGUGCACUAAGCAUGAUUACCACGCGGGCUCACGGGUGGUGUUCUUCGCGGAGAUCGGGAGGGACGCUGUGUCUUGCUGGCACACUGGAAGUGCGCUCACACCAAGCAACAUCGCCAUACUGGCUCAGGAUAGACAGAGGAUGAGCUACCCGUCAGAUCUUCAUGUAACUGGUGAUGAAGUUUGGGUGAUGGUGAACACCCUGCCAAGGUUUGUAUACUCGAGACUCGAUACCAACGAGUACAACUUCUACAUCUACAGAGGGAAUGUAAGGGAUCUGAUCGCCGGCACAGUUUGCGACAGUGACUUCCAACGUUUCCUGCGCUAA